UUUCAUUCGAACAAGUGGCCGCCUCAAUUUCUUUAUUCUCCAAAAUAAUAAUAAUAAUAAAAAAUAACAAAGGCAGUUUGUUGAAGACCCGUUAACCCGGAAUAGCCGUCAGUCGGGCCCGGAUCUUUGUUAACACAUCACGGAGCUCUGCACUGAGACUCUGAGAGCGAGAGUGAGAGAGAGAGAGAGAGAGCAUUGCAAUGCUCUUUGAGUGGAACACAACGAUGAAGGAGAAAGUGGUUGUUCUCGUAGCCUGUUGUAUAUGCGUUGGGGCUUCCAUCACAGCCGUUAACUGUAAAUCGGACGACCCUGGCGAAUGGCAGAUCCUCACCAAGCUUAACUUCUCCUCCACUCUUCGUCUUCACCCCCAUAUCCUCCUCCUUGUCACCCUUCCUUGGUCUGGUGAAUGUCGAUCACUUAGGAAAGAAAUAGCAACUUUGGUAACCAACAGACAAGAAGAAUUUAGCUCCCUAAAAUUGAUGGUAAUGUAUAGAAAUACGGAGAAGAUGCUAGCUGAUGCCAUUGGUGCUGCGACACAGGAAACAACAAUUUUGUAUUACCACCAUUCUGUAUCUUAUAAGUAUCAAGGAAGACUUACAGCUAAAUAUAUAUUGUCUUCAAUUUAUCCUUAUAUGUCUGUUUCGCCUGAAGAACUACCCCUUAAACGCCUGAGUGAUGCAGAGGAGCUGAAGGAAUUUCUUGAUUCCACUGACAAAGCUUUACUUUUAUUCGAAUUCUGUGGAUGGGCUCCUAAAUUGCUGGCCAAGGCUAAGAAGAAUGGAACAGAAAAUGGGGGUGUUCUUGGAACAAGCUUCAGAGGAGAGACACCAACAGCCAUGGCAAAGAGUAUCCAGAAGGUGGCUGCAGGGAUGGAUGAUGCGGAGAUGAAGUGUGGCAUUGAUAAUGGAUUUGAUACAGUUCCAUGGUUUUCACAUUUUGGCUUUGUAAAUGAGAGUGCUCUUUUUGAUGAGACUGAGAAUUUAAAGCACGGUGGUGUAUCUUCGUGUUCAUUGUUAGACUUUCAGCAGUUUGAUUCCUUUUUCACGAAAUUCAUGACUGUUGCAAAAGAUUUCUUUCUGCCUUCUGAAAGGCAUAGAGCUGGUCUGGUUUCAGAGAGAUCAAUUCUUUCAACUCUUGGGAUUCAAGAGUCUGGUUCAUGGUUGGCAGUGCUUUACUUUGCUGGAUGUCCAAGUUGUCUAAGGAUUCUAAACAAAGAAGAUGAUCUCAACAAUGUUUUAAAAAUGGAUAAUCCGAUGCUUAUGGAGCUGGAAACUGAUGACCAUGAUCUGAGGCCUUCUUUACCUGCAAAUAAGCCAUCAAUGCUCUUAUUUGUUGAUCGAUCAUCUGAUUCAUUUGAAACUAGAAGAAAAGGUAAGGAAGCUCUUGAUGCUUUUCGGGAACUAGCAUUGCGUUAUCAUAAUUCAUACCAUAUGAGUGGGGAAAAUGGUCAGAAGCUUGGGAAAUCAGUCCAAGAUAAUCAGAGAUUUAAGAGUACAUCAGGACAUCCUAGACUAAAAUUAUCCCCAGCGACUCAGGUGGUCAAAAUAAAGGACAAAAUGUCUACUGUUGUGAUUUUAAAUGACGGUAAGCAUGUCACUUUGGAUGAAGGAACUUCAGGUCUCCAGGGAGGUUCCCUGCAUGAGGUGUUGGCAAACCUUCUAAAGCAAAAAAAGGAGGCUAAGUUAAGCUCACUUGCCAAGGAAUUAGGUUUUCAACUUUUGUCAGAAGAUAUUGACAUUAAGUUAGUAAAUACAUUGUCAUCAGAGACUGAAAUUCAAUCUGACCAAGUCUCACCAAAUCCAUCUAAGGAAGACUCUGUUGUAAGCGAUGUUGAUUCUGACAAAGAUCAAUUGCUGCAAAUAGAGGAGAAUCCAGUUAUUUCAAAGGUCAAGUAUGAUGAUGAGAAAAAAACAUAUGUGGAUUCAAGUGAACGAUUAGUAUCCAUGGAAUCUAAACAAUUUGUUACAGAGCAUGAAGACGUAAAGGUUGAAGAAACAAGUUCUCCACAAGUAGACAUGUCAAGGGACCAACAGCUUCAUUUUCAACGUUUUAAGGGUUCUUUUUUCUUUUGCGAUGGUAAUUAUCAGUUACUUCAAUCUUUAACAGGCGGGUCAGAGAUUCCAGCCUUGGUAAUAGUUGAUCCUAUUUGGCAGCAGCAUUAUGUCUUUCCAAAAGAGAAACAUUUAAGCUAUUCUUCACUGGAUGGUUUUCUAGCUGGGUUUCUAAAUGGGAGUCUUGUUCCCUACCAACAGUCUGAAUCUGUUCGUCAGGGCACUAGGGAGGUCAUUCAACCACCAUUUGUUAAUUUGGAUUUCCAUGAGGCGGACUCUCUCCCUCGAAUAACAAGUAAUACUUUCUCUAAGCUUGUUUUUGGAUUUAAUCAAUCUGGCACCGAUGCGCAGAGUAAGGAUGUGCUGGUCCUUUUUAGUAACAGAUGGUGUGGGUUUUGUCAAAGAAUGGAAUUGGUUGUUCGUGAAGUAUAUCGGGCUGUGAAGGGCUAUGUUAACAUGUUGAGGAGUGAAUCAAGUAAUGGGAAAAAAAUGCUUGAUGAUGACAAAUUGAAGGAUGUAUUGCUGAAGUUUCCACUGAUUUACUUACUGGAUUGCACGGUGAAUGAUUGUAGUUUGAUACUAAGAUCAAUAAAUAAGAGGGAGGUUUAUCCUAGUCUGAUGUUAUUUCCAGCAGAAGGGAAGAAUGCUCUCCUUUAUGAAGGUCAUAUGUCAGUCACUGACAUUAUCAGGUUUAUUGCUGAUCGUGGAAGUGAUUCUCAUCACCUCAUCCAUGAUAAUGGAAUUAUAUUAUCUGUAGAUAAAAAAGAGGGUGAGAAUCAAAAUUUACAUAAUAAGAUCAAGACUCACACGUUAAAAGGCAUGCAUGAAGCCUCUGUGCAAGUGGUGGCUGGUAGCAUUCUAAUUGCCACCAAACAACUGCUCGGUGUCAAGCCAUUUGAUCAAUCGAAAAUUCUCAUAGUCAAGGCAGACCAAAAUAGUGGAUUUGAAGGUCUAAUUUUCAACAAGAAAAUAAGAUGGGAUGCUUUUGACAAAGUGGAAGAAGGGUUAGAGAUACUAACAGAGGCUCCUCUCUCCUUUGGAGGACCGGUUAUUAAGUAUGGCAUGCCUCUUGUUGCUUUAACUAAAACAGUAGUGGGAGAUCGAUAUCCAGAAAUCCUACCAGGUAUCUUCUUUCUCGAUCAAUCAGCAACGAUACACGAAAUCAAAGAGGUUAAGUCAGGGAAACGAUCCAUCGAUGACUACUGGUUUUUCUUGGGCUAUUCGAGUUGGGGAUGGGAGCAAAUGUUUGAUGAGAUUGCUGAAGGAGCUUGGGAUGUAAGUGAUGACAGUUUUACACAUUUUGGUUGGCCAUGACUUACCAUGUAAGCUGAAGUAGCUUUUAGGCUUUCACAAACAGGAGGAGAAGUAGGAAAUUACCAAAGGAUAAUCAGAGAAAAUGGGUCAGCAUACAUAACCAUCUGAUGUGUUUGUAAUAUCAGGUUGUGUUGAAUUCAUUAUUUUUUCCUUCCCAAAGACUGUAUAUAUAUACAUUGACCUUUUAUAGUUCAUUGUUUUUACUUUCA